AGUACAUGCAUCAUCUGCUUCAUUCUGCAAAGAAAUCUCUAUUUUGUCAUUGAGAAAUAAAAGAGAGAAAAAAUAACAUGACAAUGAAGGCCUCAGCUGGCAUUUACAAUCAAGCUAUGCCAUAUUUGGCCAUGGUUUUUAUGAGGUUGGGCUCUGCAGGGAUGCCCAUAGUCGCCAAGUAUGCUCUUAAUAAGGGUAUGAGCCAACAUGUCUUCGUGGUUUACCGGUUUGCCAUUGCCACUCUUGUCCUUGCUCCUUUCGCCAUUGUUUUGGAUAGGAAAGUGAGGCCAAAGAUGACCCUGUCUGUCUUUGCUCAGAUAUUUCUGCUGGCCUUAUUGGAGCCAGCAAUUGAUCAGAACUUAUACUAUACUGGUAUUAAGUAUACAACAGCAACUGUUGCAACAGCGUUGUGCAAUGUUCUUCCUGCUUUUGUAUUUUUGCUAGCUUGGGUUUGCAGGCUGGAGAAGGUUGAUAUGAGGAAACAGCAUUGCAAGGCAAAGAUUUUGGGGACCAUUGGAACUGUUGGAGGAGCAAUGAUUAUGACAAUGGUUAAUGGGCCAAUGUUGCAUUUGCCAUGGACAAAAGUGAUCAACAAUCAGCACCAUUCUACAAAUAUUGCGGCAACAACUAUGGAUGAUCCCGUAAAGGGUGCUCUCAUGAUCCUUGCAGGCUGUGUCUGCUGGGCUUGUUUUGUCAUUCUUCAAGCGAUUACGCUGAAAUCAUACCCUGCUGAGCUCUCCCUGACAACUUUAAUUUGCUUGAUGGGCACAAUCGAAAGUGCCAUUGUUGCCCUGAUAAUGGAAAGGGGCAAUGCUGCUGCUUGGUCCCUUCACUGGGAUUAUAAACUCUUUGCUGUAGUUUACAGUGGAAUUAUCUGUUCUGGGGUUGCCUACUAUAUAGGAGCAAUGGUAAUACAAUCCAAGGGACCUGUAUUUUUUGCUGCUUUUAAUCCUCUAACCAUGGUUAUCGUCGCCAUUAUGAGCUCCUUUAUCUUCUCUGAGAUAAUGUAUUUAGGAAGGGUUAUUGGAGCAAUCGUCAUUGUUGUUGGCCUUUACCUAGUUUUGUGGGGUAAGAGCAAGGAUCGGAUGCCAUCAGAUUCGGACACCAACAAGGCAGCUGCAAGUGGUGGCAAGCAAAUGGGCACCACCAGUGAAACAGCAGAUCAGACUUCCAAUCAAGAUUUUGUUCUUGUAGAUGUCAGCAGAGGGGCACCUGUGGAUGAAUCUGUUAAAGAGAACCAGAAUCAAAUACCAUAGGAACAAUAUUUGGAUUUAAGUUUAAUUACUUCAAUUUAAAAUUCCGGGUUUAGGAUUCGAGACGUAGAUUUAGAUUAUUUAUCCAUAUAUCUAUAUGUAUCAAAACAAAAAUUAAAAGAAAAAAAAAAAUUGAGUCAAUGAUAUUGUGGUUUUCUGAUGUGGAUUUCCAAUGGAAAAAUUGUAUCAACUAAAAUGACAAAGAAUCCUAAUGAGCACGCAAUGAGAGACAAUGCAAAAAUAAAAAUAAAACUGUUUCUAUUGGGUUCUUGGUCAUCCCCAGUUGGCAUCAUUUCCUUAAUAAAAUUUUUUUGGCA